AUGCUCCUAUUAUUCAACAUUGGACUGACUCGGUCAAUUGGUGUAUCAAAUUAUAAUAUAACUCACUUGCAAGAAAUCAUUGAUUCUGGCCUACCUCUGCCAAGCGUCAAUCAAGUUUCAUUUCAUCCAUACAAUUAUCGAACUGGACGAGCGGAUUUACUUGCAUUUUGUCAAAAGAAUCAUAUUCAAUUAGUAGCCUAUUCACCGCUGGGAGUGCCCGAUGUGCAUCGAUUUCCAGGUGAACAUAAAAACAACGAAGCAACGGGUAUGUCCUCUACUUUGCUUCAAGACCCAGUUAUUGUUUCAUUAGCCAAAGCCUAUAAUCGAACUGAAGCGCAGAUUUUGUUGCGAUGGAUUUAUCAGCUGGGUGUUGCAUCGAAUCCACGCUCGAUGAAUGAAACUCAUAUGAUAGAAAAUCUCAAUAUUUUCUUGAAUCCGUUCACAAUCAGCGACGAAGAUAUGACGCACAUUACAAAUCUAGCCCAAGAUACAUGCAGCAUUGAUCCAGAUUGGUAUGAAUGCGUAGCAAAUGGUAGUUUACCGUAA